CUUGUAGCGAUUUAGUUGCAAUGACAACCGACCACACGAUCAUGCAGCUAGAACUCGCUAGCUGCAUGCAGAUGCGUAUGACGUGUGACGACGAUGUGCAAUCGUAGUUUGUUUUGGUCAUGGAGGUUUGGGUCAUCUAUUGAAGUAGUGGCCUACAAGCACAAGGAUUCUCUUAUAUUCGUUUCCCAUAACAUUGUAACUCGUACGUUUAGUCAUCACAAUGCCAGGUAAAGGAAAGAAAAAGGGAAAAGGAAAAGGAAAGAAAAAGAAGAAGUUAAAAGGAAUUGGAGAGACUCCUGGUGACAUUGUCAAGAGAUUGCAUCGAAUCUAUCUCAGCAACUGUGAAAACAAGAAAUCCAUCGUGUGCCCCAGCCUGAAAAGUUUUAUGAAACGCUGUUACGAAGAUAAUAAACUCAUUGUCAAGUUUAUUUUAGAACCUGUUGCUGACUUCCAAGAUCCCAUUCUGAGUAACGUCAUGUUGGAACCGCUUAUCAUGUCAAUACGACAAGAAAGAUACAAAUACAUCAAGGAGUUGCACGUCUGGGACAUACCCCUUAAACAUGAACACCUUGCUUCAUUGGCACUGAUGUUGGAGAAAGGGGUCUAUCCAGUGACAAGACUGGAAUUGAUUGACUGUGACAUCGAUGCUUAUGCAGUGGAACGACUCAUGAAAUGCAUGCCGAUGACAAUCAUAAGUACUCUGGCUUUUGAUUACAAUGAAUUUGGUAAUGAAGGGCUCAGAGGAAUUUGUAAAGGUCUCAAGAACAAUCGUCUUUUACUGAGUUUGAGUCUCUGCUACUGUGAUCUAGGAGUAGAGGCAGGCUCUUUGCUAGGAGACGUAGUCUCAACGACUGCACUCAGAGAAAUCUACCUGAAUGGCAACAACCUGGAGGCAGAGGGUGCUAUUGAACUGAUCAAACUCGCAGCUGAUCAUGCUGAAAUGGAGAAUUAUGAGCGGAAUGAGGUGGCAAGAUUAAAAGCUGAAGAAGAGGCACAGGCAUUGCUGAUGGAGAAGGAACGAGGAAGAAUGCCAACAGCAAUGUCAACAGAUGAACAACUAAAGAAGCCGGACUCAGCUAAGAGCAGCAAAACAGGUUCAGGAAAGAAAAAGAAGAAAAAGGGAAAGAAGAAAAAGAAAACCAAAGCCCCACCUGAACCACCCCCCGUUGGUCCCUGGAUAUAUAAACUACACCUUGAAGAUAAUGGUAUCGAUAGCUAUGGGCGAGGCUCCACCUAUGCUCCUGUUAUUAUCACCAGGCUUCUAAGACAGCUGAUCCAGUAUUCCAGCUGCCUGCAGGAGCUAGACAUCGAGGAUAAUCUCAUUGGUGAUCUUGGAGGGAGAGAGAUCCUGGAAGCUUUGAAUAACAGGAAGGAGGCAGGGCAUCCGUCCAUGAAGAUGAGUGUAACACACCGGAUGAACUCCGAGACAUUUGCUGCUAUCAUGAAGCUGGGGGCAGGCCUCAAGAAAAAAGGAAAGAAAAAGGGCAAAAAAAAGAAGAAGAAGAAAUGAAGUUGCCAUGCCAUCAAAUGAAUGAGAGGUAUGAACUUCUUAAUAUUCCAUAACAAUGUGCCUUAGAAUCUUACCAGUAUUCAGUAGACUGUCAAAGAAUUGCUCAAGAUGCCAUAUUCCAUCAUGAAAUGCAAGUGAUGUUGUAGAAACUUGAUGUCUUUCAUUAGCGUUUAUGACUGCUUAAAAUAUUACAAUUAAGUUUGCAAAAAAGGCAUUUUGUAAAACAUGGGAGAAAAUAUUUGUGAUGAAUAAAAAAAAUAAAUGUUAGAAAUAAAUCAAUAAUGAUGAAUAUUAUAAAUUCUGCAUUGGUUAAGGAUAGUAUUUAAGACAAAAUCACAUAACAGUCCAUGUUGUUUCAACAUCUGGGGCACUGGAAAUGUUUUAAUUAUGAAUUCUCCCAAAUUCCAGCUUGCUAAAAAGAAAGUAAUCACUAUUGUUUUAAUCCACUAUUUUGUGCAUAGAUUUUAAAAAUAAAUAUGGAAUACACUGUAUAUCAUGAACUAGUAAUGUUGGAAAGAACACAUUUACACAACAUGAAAUAAAGUGUUUAAUACACUUUUUGACUCUCCAAAGUAUUUUGCAUAGUCUUGUCAAGCAGUUUAAGAUUUUUCUCUUGCCUUUCAAAAUUCAAAAAAAGGCCUAACCAUUUUCACAUUUAAUUUUCCAUCAGGAUUCAUUACCCUCACCAAGACACAUUUAUACAACAGACUAAUCAGCAAGGCUACUCAAUCAACAGUUUUUUUUGACACAUUCAAAUCAACUUCAUCAAUGCAAUAUUUUUGUAUCCUAACAGGUUUUUCAGUUUAGCCUAUCCCAGUACUUGGGAACUAACGUAUUCCAUGGGGAGGGGAUAAAAGCGUGAUAACUUUUUGCAAAAAGAGUAAUGUUUUAUAACUGGUAAGCUACUAAAAUACAAUCAACUGCAGCUUACUGAAGUGAAGACCCUCCAGGAAAUCGAAGGACCAACUAGCCUGUUUUUCUUGACAAAUGGAUCGUACAACAAUGUCUCUAAAUCUUUUUGACUAAAAUAUCAUAGAAAAGAUAUUUCUCAAAACAGUUUCUUAGAACCAUUUAUUUACAGUUGGACUGGAUAAGUUUUUCUUUCGGUUCAGAAAACCAACCUUACAUUUAUUUUAAGUGUUUGGAUCUGUUGUUUAGAGCUGAUAAUAUUCUAACAUACUCAGUCCUUUCAACAUGUUAUUUCUGUACAAGUAUAUUUUGUAAAGGAGUAAUCAGUAGUACAUUUAUUAGCAUUUACAAAAAGUGGAAUUCUGUAUAGUACAAGUAUUCAUGAAUAUCAAACAUGCACUUAACAGAUGACUAUCUGUGACCAGUAA